GGUCUGGACACUGGUUCGGUCACUGCCACGUUCCCGUUUCUAUUCUUUUACUCCGGCUUACACUAGGGUCCCGUCUUUCCUCCACUCGUCCACAGUCAUCUCUCUCUCCCCCGCUCCUCUGUGUGUGUUAACUAUCGAUGAUUAAGAGAAUUUCUUAGAGAAUGGGUUCCGGUUAUCGAUCAUGAUCAGCAGGUUGAAGUAGAGUUUAAAGUUCUACUUUUUGUAUUUGAGUGAUUAGGGUAGUGCUCAACUGCAGUUUUUAUGACGUAUAAUUGAUCACAAGAUAUUUCCUCGAUGGGGGGAGCUUGUUCUAGGAAGAGAGUUCAAUUGGACAAUGAAGAUAAUUUCCCUAGUGGGAGUUCUAGAAGAUACAGCAAAAGUGCAAGCUCAAAGUGGUUGGCAACUUCAUUUUCUAGACCUGCUUGUGAACAGCGAGGGAAUCAGAGAUGUCCAUCCCUCCUGGAAUUAUGUAUCCAAAACAUACGUGAGGACAUAGAUAGAUACAGUACCUUUUCUAUGCUUCCAAGGGACAUUAGUCAGCAGAUCUUCAAUGAAUUAGUAUAUUCUCAACGCUUGACUGAUAUUUCUUUUGAAUCCUUUCGAGAUUGUGCUCUCCAGGAUCUUCACUUGGGAGAGUGCCCUGGGGUUAAUGAUAGUUGGAUGGAUGUUAUCUCUUCACAAGGGAUAUCCUUGCUUUCUGUGGAUCUUUCUGGUUCAGAUGUCACUGAUUCUGGACUGAUUGAUCUAGAGGACUGCACAAACCUUCAAUCCUUAAAUUUUAAUUAUUGUGACCAGAUUUCAGACCUUGGACUUGAUCAGAUCAGUGGCUUCUCAAACUUGACAAGUUUGAGUUUUAGAAGAAACAAUUCAAUUACAGAACAAGGUAUGAGUGCUUUAGGUAGCUUAGUUAACUUGGUGAAACUGGAUUUGGAGAGGUGUCCUGGCAUUGGCGGUGGACUUGUUCAUCUCAAAGGGUUGACAAAGCUGGAGUCUCUUAACAUCAAAUGGUGUAACUGCAUAACAGAUGCAGAUAUGAAGCAUCUUUCUGGGUUGACAAACUUGAAAGAACUACAAAUUUCCUGCAGCAAGGUUACAGAUGUGGGUAUUUCUUAUUUGAAAGGUUUAUGUAAGCUUAAUCUAUUAAACUUGGAAGGCUGCCCAGUCACAGCUGCGUGCUUGGAGACUCUCUCAGCUCUUUCUUCUCUGUUGUAUUUGAAUCUUAACAGAUGCCAUCUUUCUGAUGAUGGAUGUGAGGGGUUUUCCAAGCUUGGAAAACUAAAGGUGCUAAACUUGGGCUUCAAUGACAUCACAGAUGCAUGUUUAGUGCACCUGAAAGGUUUGACAAAUUUGGAGAGCUUGAACUUGGAUUCUUGCAGGAUUGAUGAUGAGGGUCUGGCUAAUAUAACAGGCCUUCAAUGUUUGAAAUGCUUAGUGUUGUCAGAUACAGAAGUUGGGAGCAGCGGGCUUCGCCACCUAUCUGGUUUGACCAAUUUGGAGAGUAUAAAUCUGUCAUUCACUAUGAUUACUGAUGGUGGUCUAAGAAAAUUGUCCGGAUUGUCUUCUCUUAAAUCACUUAAUCUUGAUGCUCGCCAAAUUACUGACAAUGGAAUUGCAGCCCUAUCAUGUUUGACAGGCUUGACCCAUCUGGACCUCUUUGGAGCUCGUAUUACAGAUACUGGAACAAACUAUUUGCGAAAUUUCAAAAGUCUGCAGUCUUUGGAAAUAUGUGGUGGUGGAUUAACUGAUGCUGGCAUAAGGAACAUCAAAGACCUUUCAUCCCUGCUUCUGCUUAACUUGUCCCAGAACUGCAAUCUAACAGAUAAAUCACUGGAAUUGAUUUCUGGGUUGACAGGAUUGGUCUCUUUAAACGUAUCAAAUUCGCGAAUAACCCGUGCAGGGUUGCAGCAUUUGAAGCCACUGAAAACUUUGAAGUCAUUGACGUUGGAGUCGUGCAAGGUGACAGCUAAUGAUAUUAAGAAGCUUCAAUCGACCGACCUCCCUCAACUGGUGAGCUACCGGCCCGAGUAGUUGAGAAGGCAAAAUGGAAAAUUCUGUAAAUAGGUUCCGUGGGAAGGAUGAAUAUGCUGAUGUUCUAAAUAAAAACAUCAAAGGUACAGAGACAGAUGAACCAAAUAAGAAGAGGAGGUUGAGAUGCUUGCAGUAGGUGUGAAGCUUUCUUUCAUAUUGUUUGGUAUGAAAGAAACUGUAGAUAUGCUUCCUUGGCAGGUCUUUUGGGCAAUGGCUAAUUAGGAUUUUAAAAAUGCGGAAUUAUGUGUAGUCUUGGAUGAAGUUGUGCUUAUCUGCAGAGGUUUUUGAACCAAUUCCCUUCGAAGUUUAAUAUUUGAAACUGCUCUUAUGUUGAUCCUCUCUGUGAUAAUGUGAUUACAAAGUGGUAUGUGAUGUGAAUCUUCGCUCAUUCUUUUGAUGUUGAAUAAAAUCCCUGGAGAGAGAUGCAUUAUACAUGCAAUUUUUCA